AUGUUCAGCCGUCGUGUGUCCAGCUGUCGCCCAAUUCCCACGGCGAUGUUUCGCGCGUUGCACAUCAGCAACCGGCGGCAGGCACAGCGCCUCGUGCCCUCACUUGUGACGCUCUCUCCGCGGGAAACACGUGUUGCCGGCACGGAUGCCUUUGCAGUACAGACGGGUGUAUUUCUCCCCGCCGACCUUGCCGCAUCCCCGUCUCUCUCGGCGCUUAUGGGCCUGCCUGCACAGGCUUUGCUAAACGGAUUUGUCUCCAACCCCAUCCUGUUGCGCAUCAUUUCUGAUACAAUGUGCACUUAUAGCGUUUUACUUCUUCACACAUAA